AUGUUGCUCAGCGACGGCGACCAAAUCGCACCUUUCCGGUUAGAGUUGAGAUUGAUCGCCGCUGCCAACGCUAGCAGAACCCCUGAACAAUCUUUUAAAUGUCCGCCAGCUAUUCCAGCACGCCCAUUUCAGUCCACAUCAAAUAAUGAUGAUGCAUCAUCAAAUGUACAAGUAUUACUGAAAGCGCAGGAGAAUCAUGGUCUUGAUUCUGAAACUGACCUUCCUAGGGAACAGCGGAGAACUGAUGAGAAAGGCAGUGCAUUCGAUAGCACCCCCUACAGCGUUAAAUUUUCACCUAAACGUGCCAAUCAGAGUUUCCUUGGAAGAAAUACCCAUGAUGCAGAAUUGUCCAGCAAUGAGGAGUCGCGGUUGUCGCUGUUUCGCCCAGGAAGCUCAGAGAUGUCGAUUAUUUACAACAGUGAAGGGUUUCCAGUGCGAAUAAUUAAGAACAAUCAAAUUAUAAACACAACGUUUGGCGAAGCGCUGUCAAUGCAGGAAAGGGAAACGAAUGUGGACGAUAUUCCGGCAGCUGGAUACAGCGGACACAUGCCAGGGCUGCGACACCUUGGUAUUGGUAAACCAUUCAACAUAGCAGCUAGAGAAGCUAAACGAGACUAUGCGCUCCGACGUAAAACCCGCAGCGGUGAUCGUGGACAACCACAAAUUGUGCGCAUCACUAGAAAACUGGUUUGCCAUCGGAAAGAAGAGUCAGAGCGAGCCCUUCCCGAUAAGCUUCUUUGA